GGCCCCCUGGGCCCCUACGUGCCCCCGCCGCUGCUGCCCUCUAUGUUCUACGUGGGCCUCUUCUUCGUCAAUGUGCUGAUCCUAUACUACGCCUUCCUCAUGGAGUACAUCGUCCUCAACGUGGGCCUCGUCUUCCUGCCCGAGGACAUGGACCAGGCGCUCGUGGACCUCGGCGUGCUCUCCGACCCGGGCUUGGGCCUCUACGAUGCCGACUCGGAGCUCGACGUGUUUGAUGGUUACUUGGAGUAGGCCUCGCUCCCCCGCAGCUCCCUCCCACAACCCGCCACCUUCCACCCGGACCAGCCGCCCAGAACAUGCCGCCGCUGCUGGUUGAGGGCACCGUUUGGCCGGGGAUGGGACCUCCAGGACCAGGUCCUCUCCGGCCCCCGAGGCCUGCCUGCUCCCUUCAGAAGUUCUGUGCCAACAGAGAGGCUCCGGUCCAGGCCCAGGACAGGGGGACGGAGAGGUUGAGACUGAGUGCCGAGGUCGGGAAGGCAUUUGUCCCCCUCCCCAAAGGGAGAAGGCGGGCACGUCCGAAGACCUCUCCCGCCUGCAGCAUUGCACAGAUGGCCUCGCCUUGGCUUCUGGCCUUCCGCACCGCGAUGGAUGUUUACAGGAACCCAGCCAGAGUAUGCCUCCCUGCUCUCUCUCCCCGACUGCACCUGCUCCCCACACUUAACUUUCAAGAGGACACUUCACACCACGGACACACACACAGAAACGACAGGCAACUCCGGCUGCUGCCCGUGGAGCCCUCAGCCCGACUGGGUUUGGCCCAGGCUGAUCUUAGAGGCAGCGACUGUUUCCGGGAAUGACUGCGAAGGAGAAGAGGCGGGAAGGUGUCCGGGCUGAGGGCAAGGCUUUGACUUAUUCAUUUCAAGUUGCUUCUUCAUCAAGUUGCCAAAACUGAUCCACCACGCCUGGGGAGGCCAUGUUGCUCCUCUGGCCAGAAUUAUUUUUAGAAAAUGCGAGUGGUUUGAAUACUGGACUUUGAUAAACCUGUAAAAGCAAUACUUAGGAGGCUGACUUCUUUCAAUUAAAAAAAUGUAUGCAACUUCAA